AAGUGCAGAGGGAGGGAGGGAGGAGGGGGUGGGCAAAUGGAACAGAGGACAUGGCCAGUCCAACGGGACGGCGCACACUUCUCUGCCCUUCCACUGGUGAACAUCAGCGGCAGCAAAGACGACGACGAUGACGACGACCCCAACCGACGGCAACAACGACGACGAAGUCGACAUCAUCAUCAUCAUCAACAACAACAACCACCACCACAAGUGCUCCGAACGAGGAAUUCUCAUUGUGCCAAAUUACCCACUAUCCACAGCGCCUCCUCACAUCGCAUCCGCUUCAGUUCCAGAUGGUUUUCUUCUUUUUCGUCGACACAAUCGAUGGCGGAGGGCCAUGAUUUCUCACAACUCCCUUUCGAUGUUCUGACGAAGAUUGCGGCGUCCUUCACACUCCCUAACCUCCGAUCAGCCUCUCUGGUGUGCCGCUCAUGGAGGGAUGCGCUUCGCCCGCUGAGGGAAUCCAUGCUGUUCCUUCGUUGGGGGAAGAGAUUCAAGCACGGGCACGCUGGUGUUCGUCCUAAUCUCCAGAAGGCUCUCGAUUCCUUCCUCAAAGGCGCCGCCCGCGGCUCUACUCUCGCCAUGGUUGACGCCGGACUCCUCUACUGGGAAAUGGGCCACAAAGACAAAGGGAUCGCCUUGUACCAGAGAGCCGCUGCCCUAGGCGACCCUGCUGCUCAGUGCAAUUUGGGAAUUUCUUAUCUCCAAGCUGAACCUGCUGAUCCAAAAGAGGCUGUUAAGUGGUUAUAUGAAGCCUCAGUUGCAGGCCAUAUCCGUGCUCAAUAUCAACUUGCACUCUGCCUGCAUCAAGGCCGUGGUGUGGAAUGCAACCUACUGGAAGCUGCAAAGUGGUAUCUAAGAGCUGCAGAAGGUGGGUAUGUCCGUGCGAUGUACAAUACUUCACUGUGCUACUCUUUUGGUGAAGGUUUGGCACGCAACCAUCGACAAGCAAGGAAAUGGAUGAAGCGAGCUGCUGAUCGUGGUCACAGUAAAGCUCAAUUAGAGCAUGGCCUUGGACUCUUUUCUGAAGGGGAGAUGUUGAAAGCAUUAGUCUACCUUGAGCUUGCCAUUCGAGCAGGUGAAACUUCAGCAGAACAUGUAAAAAAUGUAGUACUCCAACAACUAUCGGCAAGUUCACGUGAUCGUGCCAUGUCUCUUGCUGACAAUUGGCGAGCUCUACCUUCUCGCUGAGCUAUUUACACUGACAGUUGGUCUGCAUUUUGUCUUUGUUUUCCUUUGCUGUGUUUUGUUUCAAUUCUGUUUUCCUUGUUACGUGGUGGCCAUGGUCGUAUACCUAAUUUUCCUUUUGGAAGGUAUUUUAUCAACAAUUUUCCAUGCUCCUAGCGGCUUGUUUACUGGAACUUAAUUUCCUGUAUUUUACCAGUAAUUACUGCUUUACUGGUUAUAAUGAUCUACUUUGGUCUGGGUUGUAAAAGUACAUUCUGGGUCAGUAAUGAAGAUCUAUUAAACGCAAA